GGAGGCUGCCCGGCCCCGGGGGAGCGGUGGCGCCGCCACCCCGCGAGGGAGAGGCGGCCGGCGGCGACCACGAAACCGAGAGCACCAGUGACAAAGAAACAGAUAUUGAUGACAGAUAUGGAGAUUUGGAUUCCAGAACAGAUUCUGAUAUUCCAGAAAUUCCACCAUCCUCAGAUAGAACCCCUGAGAUCCUCAAGAGAGCUCUGUCUGGUUUGUCUGCAAGGUGGAAAAACUGGUGGAUUCGUGGAAUUCUUACUCUGACUAUGAUUUCGUUGUUUUUCCUGAUCAUCUAUAUGGGAUCCUUUAUGCUGAUGCUUCUUGUCCUGAGCAUACAAGUGAAAUGCUUCCAUGAGAUCAUCACCAUAGGUUACAGAGUCUAUCGCUCUUACGACCUGCCGUGGUUUAGAACUCUCAGCUGGUACUUUCUACUGUGUGUAAAUUACUUUUUUUAUGGAGAGACUGUAGCUGAUUAUUUUGCUACAUUUGUUCAAAGAGAAGAGCAACUUCAGUUCCUCAUUCGCUACCACAGAUUUAUAUCAUUUGCCCUCUAUUUGGCAGGUUUCUGCAUGUUUGUACUGAGCUUGGUGAAGAAACAUUAUCGUCUGCAGUUUUAUAUGUUCGCAUGGACUCAUGUCACUUUACUGAUAACAGUUACUCAGUCACAUCUUGUCAUCCAAAAUCUGUUUGAAGGCAUGAUAUGGUUCCUUGUUCCAAUAUCAAGUGUUAUCUGCAAUGACAUAACUGCUUACCUUUUUGGAUUUUUUUUUGGGAGGACUCCAUUAAUUAAGUUGUCUCCUAAAAAGACUUGGGAAGGAUUCAUUGGCGGUUUCUUUUCCACUGUCGUGUUUGGAUUCAUCGCUGCAUACGUAUUAUCCAAAUACCAGUACUUUGUCUGCCCGGUGGAGUACCGCAGUGAUGUCAACUCCUUCGUUACAGAAUGUGAACCCUCAGAACUUUUCCAGCUCCAGAGUUACUCACUUCCUCCCUUUCUGAAGGCAGUGCUGAGACGGGAAACAGUGAGCUUGUAUCCUUUCCAGAUACACAGCAUUGCUCUUUCCACGUUUGCGUCUUUGAUUGGACCAUUUGGAGGUUUCUUUGCCAGUGGAUUCAAAAGAGCUUUCAAAAUCAAGGAUUUUGCAAACACCAUUCCUGGACAUGGUGGGAUAAUGGACAGAUUUGAUUGUCAGUAUUUGAUGGCAACUUUUGUGCAUGUGUACAUCACAAGUUUUAUAAGGGGUCCAAAUCCUAGCAAACUGCUACAACAGUUGUUGGUGCUUCAACCAGAACAGCAGCUAAAUAUAUACAAAACGCUGAAGACGCAUCUCAUUGAGAAAGGAAUCCUGCAGCCCAGUUUGAAGGUAUAACUGGCUCCAGAGAGGGAAGGACUGGCAAUAAACAAUUCUACAGAAAAGCACUGACAGAUGAAAUUUUGUAACUGUACAGAAAAUGGUUGUAAAAUGCAACAGAUUGGUAUCUUACAGACAUGAAUGUUUCUUCUUUGAAAUUACUGUGAAUAUUUAACACUUCCUUGAUCUCAGUUAUGAAAUAAGUAGCAAAUUGCCAGCAGAGUAUCCUGUACUUUUUCUAAAGUCUAUUUUCUGAUGUUAACUUCCUUCCCCUUACUUGCUAGCUUUCAUCACUUGAAAGACUUGUGUUUUAAAGAGUCGAACACUAUGAGUAAAGUGAGGGUGUCUUAAGGUUGCACCUGGCAUUUGGGCACCCUUUGCACAAAUAUUUACUUUUGUAGUUGGAGCUGCUCUUAAUUUCAGCAGAAUGUUUUAUGUAAGGCACAAUAGGAAGUUAGUUUUCCUGCACUUCCUCCUCCUUCAGUCUGAAGUAUUUUCUGAAGGGCUGAGCUGGAUCCAAAAAAAAAAAAAGUGUCCACUUUUCAAAGAUGUAAGUAAUCAUUUGUCAGGAAAAAACAUUCCACUUUUAGGGAGGUUUGGAAUUCAGGAGAGAGAGGCUGCAAUUUCUCUCGUUUUUAGUUUGCUGGAAAGAGCAGACAUCAAGACUCUACUUUGAUAAAAUUGUUUGGAAAAACACAAGCUUGUUAGAAACUUCUCAAGAGAAACAAAGGCGAAUUCUGCGACAAGGAGCUUCACGGUGCUCCUCCUCCACCGAUGGUCUUAGCAGAGGACAGUCGUCAGGAGACAGCAUGGGACCGUGGCGGGACCGUGGCACGGGAGCAGCCCUCCUCUUGGUCAAGAUCUCUGUUUGUUUCCCUGUGAACGGGUUUCCAUAAGUUCUGUAGCCACGAGCAUUGAAGACCUGUAUGUAGGGUAGUGAGCGGGGGUGGGGGCCCGUCCCUGGAUAGGGCUCUGCCUGCUGUGUCCCUCCCUCCCGGUCCCAUGAUGCCCACUGGACACUCACCUGGGAGGCAGCAAGAUCUGCCUGGAGACUCUCACUCCCAGACUAACUCCAUGCUAGCAGCACAUUUUUAUCGCAUUCCUCUUUCACAUCAUGUCACAGAAUCAGAGGACAUCGGCUGAUUAAUUUUUCUUCCAACAACGAAAACCAAGCAGAUGUGAUUCUCACCAGGAACAAAAAGCACACGAAUGCCAUACCUUCCCUUUGGUGACCAGGACACUGUCACCAGAUGAGAAUAAACUUCCUCUCAGUGGAUGUAAAUAAGCUGCCGCCGCCGAGUGCUCCCUGCAGCCGUGUUUAUUGUGUUGCACAGGUGGCACUAGAACCUUCAAAACCGGCCUACUGCUCCUUGGCUAAAUGUUCAGAGACAAGACAGAGAUAUAUUUUAAAGAAUGUUUUGCUAAUGAAAAGAGUAAAUAUUUUUGUUUGAAUCAGAAACAGAUUUCAAUUAUUUUCUAUUUCUGUUCUACUGCUCUACCUAAAAUAAAAAAAAAAUUGCAGCUGUGCCUGAGUUCACAGGUGUAGUCUCUGAGUAGCCGCCUCAGCAGGUGCACUGCGUGAGUCUGGCAGGCACAGGUGCACUCAGUCCGCGUAUCGCCGCUGGGUGUGUUCUGUCAGCGUGGUUUCACACUAGUCCAUGAAACCUAGAAUUGGCAUUGGAGAUGCUAUUACAGGAGGGAGGGAGUGCUUUGAAGAUCAUGCUAACUACAAGUCAGUUUUCAACACCUCUUUUUUUCCCCACUUUUUGCCUCAUUAAAAGCUCCAAAGGUUGAUCAUAAAAGAAUUUACUUACCAAAGUUUUAAAAAAUGAAUAAUAGGCACUUACUGUGAAAACUUGGUGAUUGGCACCUAAGAACUUCUUGGAAAUACACAGUCCCUCUGCAUUUUUCUUUACAGUGAUUAGUAAGGCGCUGCAAAACAGAAUUGAGAGCAUUACUGAAUACAUGUACUAUACAAUUGAUAUUGUUAUAAACAAAAUACAAAGCUAGAAAUAUUUGGGGUCACUGGAAUAGCUAUCCUCAAAUAUACUUUUAGAGUUGGGUGUACAUUAUUCUAUAUGUAAAAAAGUAAAUUCUUAAUUUUAACAGAGCUCUAAGGAUUGACCUUUUUAGUAUCCUUUUAUAGCAUGUAUACUAAAAUAGAAUACAUUUUAGCCAGAAUAUACUUUAGCAAAGAUUGCCAUAAAACUCGGACUUUGAUCAUUUUUAUAUUUGCACUGUGAAGAGAGUUUACACUCCAGUGUAGCAAUGAGGUGGCAGAGGGAUGAAGGACUUGGAAUUUCCUUUACAGUCACGCAAAGUGUUCCCAAUUUGCUGUCAGGGGAGGCGCUCUAAUGGUACCAACUGCUUAGUUCACAUUUCCUCAGUGCUUUUCCCCUUCGUGGUGCACAUACAUUUACUGUCUGAGAAUAAAAAGACAACACCCACACUUUUUUUCCCCCACUCAUAGUAUCUUCUCAUUUGUAAUUUGGUGUGAACAGAUAGUAUCACCCUGUUCAGUGGAAAAGAAAAAGAAACAGUGUAUAUAUACCACAUACGUGUGGGAGAUAGCUUAUGAUACGUGUCAAUCAGUUCUCUGAAUCUUUUACUGAAACUGAAAUAGUAAAAUAAACGGAAAGAAAUCACA